GCGAGACUUGUAUUCUAAUAUCCGGGAAGCAGAUGUCUUGUGCUCUGCGCCUAUCUCAACAGCUUUCACUGUUCGAGUGGAGAUUAUCCUCCGGGAAGCAAGAUGCUCAAGUCCAAGACUUUCUUAAAAAAGACGCGAGCGGGAGGCGUGAUGAAGAUCGUGCGCGAGCACUACCUGCGGGACGACAUCGGCUGCGGGGCGCCCGGGUGCUCGGCAUGCAGCGGUGCUCAGGAGGGGCCAGCCCUGGAGCUGCAGCCUGUGGACCAGGCGAGCUGCCUCUGCCCGCGGCCGCACUAUUUGCUGCCUGACACCAACGUAUUGCUGCAUCAGAUUGAUGUUCUUGAGGACCCUGCCAUCAGGAAUGUAAUUGUGCUACAAACAGUUCUCCAGGAAGUGAGAAAUCGGAGUGCACCUGUUUAUAAACGAAUCCGAGAUGUAACUAAUAACCAAGAGAAGCAUUUCUAUACAUUCACCAAUGAGCAUCAUAGAGAAACUUAUGUAGAACAAGAGCAAGGAGAAAAUGCUAAUGACAGGAAUGAUAGAGCCAUUCGAGUAGCUGCAAAGUGGUACAAUGAACAUUUGAAGAAAAUAUCAGCAGAGAAUCAGCUGCAAGUAAUCUUCAUAACAAAUGACAGAAAAAACAAAGAGAAAGCCUUAGAAGAAGGAAUACCAGCUUUCACUUGUGAAGAAUAUGUGAAGAGCCUGACUGCUAACCCUGAGCUCAUAGAUCGUCUCGCUUGUUUGUCUGAAGAAGGGAAUGAAAUAGAAAGUGGAAAAAUAAUAUUUUCAGAGCAUCUUCCCUUAAGUAAGCUGCAGCAAGGUAUAAAAUCUGGUACAUACCUUCAAGGGACAUUUAGAGCUAGCAGGGAAAAUUACCUAGAAGCUACAGUAUGGGUUCAUGGAGACACUGAAGAAAAUAAAGAGAUCAUUUUACAAGGGCUUAGAAAUUUAAACCGAGCUGUUCAUGAAGACAUUGUAGCAGUGGAGCUUCUGCCCAAGAAUCAGUGGGUUGCACCAUCUUCUGUGGUUCUACAUGAUGAAGGUCAGCAUGAAGAUGAUGUGGAGAAAGAAGAGGAAAGGGAAUGCAUUCUUAAGACUACUGUAAAUGAAAAAAUGUUAAAGCCUACAGGUAGAAUUGUAGGAAUAAUAAAAAGGAAUUGGAGACCAUAUUGUGGCAUGCUUUCCAAGUCUGAUAUUAAAGAGUCAAGAAGACAUCUCUUUACACCUGCUGAUAAAAGAAUCCCUCGCAUUAGGAUAGAAACCAGACAGGCUUCUACCUUAGAAGGACGAAGAAUUAUUGUUGCUAUUGAUGGUUGGCCCAGAAAUUCUAGAUAUCCAAACGGACACUUUGUAAAAAAUUUGGGUGAUGUCGGAGAGAAAGAGACUGAAACAGAAGUUUUGUUACUGGAACAUGAUGUCCCCCAUCAGCCUUUCUCACAGGCUGUUCUCAGCUUUCUACCAAAGAUGCCCUGGAGCAUUACUGAAAAGGACAUGAAAAACCGAGAAGACCUUAGACACCUGUGUGUUUGUAGCGUGGACCCGCCAGGAUGUACUGAUAUAGAUGAUGCUCUGCAUUGCAGACAACUUGAAAAUGGAAACUUGGAGGUUGGUGUUCAUAUUGCUGAUGUUAGCCAUUUUAUUAGGCCAGGAAAUGCUUUAGAUCAAGAAUCAGCAAGAAGGGGAACAACUGUGUAUCUUUGUGAAAAGAGAAUUGACAUGGUUCCAGAGUUGCUUAGCUCUAACUUAUGUUCCCUAAGAUCUAACGUUGACAGAUUGGCAUUUUCAUGUAUUUGGGAAAUGAACCACAAUGCUGAAAUUUUAAAAACAAAGUUUACCAAAAGUGUCAUUAAUUCAAAGGCUUCCCUUACUUAUGCUGAAGCUCAAAUGCGAAUUGAUUCAGCAGCCAUGAAUGAUGAUAUUACCACCAGUCUCCGUGGGCUAAAUAAACUAGCGAAGAUUUUGAAAAAAAGAAGAAUCGAAAAUGGGGCUUUAACUCUUUCUUCUCCAGAAGUUCGAUUUCACAUGGACAGUGAAACUCAUGAUCCCAUAGAUCUGCAAACGAAAGAACUUAGAGAAACAAAUUCCAUGGUGGAAGAAUUUAUGUUACUUGCCAAUAUUUCUGUUGCAAGAAAAAUUCAUGAAGAGUUCUCUGAACAUGCACUGCUUCGUAAACAUCCUGUUCCUCCUCCAUCUAACUAUGAUAUUCUUAUAAAGGCAGGUAAAUCCAAGAAUUUGGAAAUUAAAACUGAUUCAGCUAAGUCUUUGGCUGACUCCUUGGACCGGGCAGAUGCUCCCACUUUCCCAUAUCUCAACACUCUGUUAAGAAUAUUAGCCACACGCUGUAUGAUGCAAGCUGUGUACUUCUGCUCCGGAAUGGAUAAUGAUUUUCAUCACUAUGGCUUAGCAUCCCCAAUAUACACACAUUUCACCUCCCCCAUCAGAAGAUAUGCAGACAUCAUCGUUCAUCGGUUGUUAGCUGUUGCUAUUGGGGCUGACUGUACUUAUCCAGAGUUGACAGACAAACACAAACUUGCAGACUUAUGUAAAAAUCUCAAUUUCCGACACAAAAUGGCUCAAUAUGCACAACGUGCAUCAGUGGCUUUUCACACCCAGCUGUUUUUCAAAAGCAAAGGAAUAGUAAGCGAAGAAGCCUAUAUUCUGUUUGUGAGAAAGAAUGCUAUUGUGGUAUUAAUUCCAAAGUAUGGCUUAGAAGGUACAGUCUUUUUUGAAGAAAAGGACAAACCAAAUCCACGGCUUUUUUAUGAUGAUGAGGUACCUUCACUUAAAGUAGAAGAUAUAGUGUUCCAUAUGUUUGAUAAAGUUAAAGUGAAAAUAGUAUUAGAUUCAUCUAAUCUUCAGCAUCAGAAAAUCCGGAUGUCACUGGUAGAGCCACAGAUACCAGGAAUAAGUAAUCCUACUGAUGUGUCAAAUAUGGACACUAAUGAACCAGAGAGAAAGAAGAAGAAGAAGUUUGAAAAGUAGCUGCUAUCAACAAACUACUUCAAAGAUUGGUUUCCUUUUUAAAAAGAAAAAAAUUGAGACCAUACCACUUUGAAAUCUAAGAAGUGUGUGAUAGUUUAAAGAGCAUUUUCAUACUGUAAAAAUUUACAUUUUUAUUGACCUGUUAAUGAUGUCUGCCCUAUCAUACUGUUUCUGGGUUGAACCAAACUAUGCAGAAAAUUCAAUUGAAUAUCUAUCACUUAAAUACUUAAAUAGUGACAGAACAAUAACUUCAGGGACCUGUAAGGAGUAUUUAAAUGAAACAUUUAUCUGAUCAUUGAAGAGCAGAUUAAUUUUAUAUAAGUGAUUUGAUUAUUUAAUAUUGGCAGAAAAAAUAAUUUUCCUAAGGAGGAAAAUUAUUUUCUAGAAGCAUGGAAUAAUCUAUUUUUUCUAAUUCUGGAAAGUUAUCAGUGUUUGGAAUAGCAUUUUUUUUAACUCACAAAACGAGUUAAGUUCUAUCAAGGAUUUUAGUAUUUCAUCUCCUUUACUGUCUUGGAUUUAUGUAAUUUACAUUAAGUAUCCCCUUACUGUUAAAGCCUUUUGCUUUUUUUUUUGUGUGUGUGUGUGUGUGUGGCCUCUAGGGUUAUUGCUGGGGCUUGGUGCCUAUACUAUAAAUGCUGCACUCCCAGUGGCCAUUUUUCCCUUUUUGUUUGAUAGGACAGAGAGAAAUUGAGAGGAGAGGGAGACACCUGCCUCGCCACUUGUAAAAGGCCCCCGCUGCAGAUGAGGAGCGGGGCUUGAAGCCGGGUCCUUGUGCGUGGUACUGUGUGUACUUAACCAUAUGCGCCACUGCCCACCUUGUGGCCACUGGACAACUGUACAUGUGUGGGAAUUGAAUACUGUAGGAAGAUAAAAAGUAUAGGAUAUUUUGAUCUGCUUGAAACAGAAAUGCAUUAUUUUUAAUAUUAGUUAAUACUUAUCAUCUUGAAAAAGAAAAACUUUUUAAAAAUAUAUUAAUACAUAUCGUCAUUCUUUUGAUCUUCAGCUCAAAUCUCUUAGAAAGUAAAGCAUUUGGGCAUGAAGAAAGGCUGGAUAUGAAGACACCUACAUUAUGUUACUUACCUAAAGUAAAAAGGUAGAUAAUUUUUAAACAGCACAGGUAUCAGAUAUGGAGGGUUGUGUAAAGGAGUUAUUGAACAAACUGUUUUUUCAGUAAAAGCAACUAUUUCCUUUGUUAAAGUAAUGAUUAAAUGUGCAUUUUCAAGAUAAUUUUGAAAUAAAAUUUCCUUAAAACACUUCA